AUGGUCAAAGCAGACGAUGGGGAGGUGGGGAGGAAGGGCCCGCGAGACCGUGCGCGGAAUGCUCCAUCAAGAGGCAGAAGGAACAAAGCAGCGGAGGUGAUUCCUGUGGAGGAGGAAUUGCCUGACCAGCAAGGUGAAAAUGAUCAACCAGCGCACAGCAACAUUCUCAUCAUAGGGGACGAGAAUCUGACCUUUUCCGAGCUCGUAAUUGAGGCCUACCCGUCCGCCCACAUUUACAUAGCCAGCACCUGCACCGAGUUACAAAUGGAUCACCUGCUGCGCGACUUGGAGAAGCGCAAGAGGAGGAAGCUCCAGGAAGAAGCCAUGCAACAGGAAGGAGCCACACAACAGGAGGGAGCCGCGCAACAGGGAACCGCGCAGCAGGAGGGAGACGCUCCCAUUGAGAAGACCCCCUUCUACUACACCAGGAAGUUCUUGAAGGAGCACGCGGACAAGAGGGUCUACGUCCUGUUCAGCGCAAAUCUGUUUAACUUGGGUUGCCACUUCCCGAGCAGCUUCUUCCACACGGUGUUUUUCGUUCUCCCAGGCCUCUGCUACAGCAUCCGGGAGACCGGACUCAAGUACAACGACAAGGUGACGGCCCUGCGGGUUUAUUACUUCCUCAUCUGCGUGCUCAUAGAAGUUAUUGAGGUGUGCCAGAAGAACGCAGAGAUUCACUUGUUCUGGACGACAGAGAGAUUGGCGAAGUUCGUUGGGGAUGAAGAGACUACCGAGCUGGGGGAGAAGGAAGAAGCGGAAGAGAGGGUCGAUGACGGAGGGGAGACGAAACGAGAGAGCAUCCACGAGACAUUAAACAGUUUGAAGAAUUUGAUGUGCAGCGGAAAGGGGGAGGAGGAAGCAACUCAGCAGGGGGGGGACCCCGCCGGGGAGAACGCAGCGGAGCCGAAUGGGGAAACGGCCGAAGAACCGAAUGGGGAAACAGCAGCGGAGCCAAAUGGGGAAACCGCUGACGAAGCGAAUGGCGAGACUGCCGAGGAGCCAAAUGUCGAAACCGCUGACGAACCGAACGGAGAAACCGCCGAAGAACCUGCCCAGCCGCACCCGGACCCGGAGCAGGAGAAGGAAAACGAGGGGGACAGCGGCAGCACCCAAGAUAAGGAGAAGGCCGCAGGUGAACCGGCAGAUGAGCUAGCGGAUGCACCGGGAGAUGAACCGGCAGAUGCACCCGCGGACGCACCCGCGGAGGGGGGGGGAGACGUGUGCAUCAAGCUGUCCAGCUACGCCAACAUGUACGCUGAUGAGGAGGAGCCGGGGAAGGGCAGCGCCGCCGGGGAAAGCGGCGAAGAAGGCGGCGAGGAAGGCGGCGAGGAAGGCGGCGAGGAAGAUGACGACGAUGGCGAUGACGACGGUGAUGACGAUGACGACGGCGAUGACGACGGCGAUGACGACGAUGUGACCCGGUUCUCCCACCUCUUCGACGCGGAGGCGAAGAACAAAAAGGAGAGCCCCGCCGCGGGACAGAAGCAGCCGUGCGAAACGUCCCAAGUAGUCACCUACGUGGUGAGCUCCCCAGACGGGGAAGACGCGAAGGAAAAAAAAAUAAGCCAAAUGAACAUUGCCAAGUUCCCCCUCCUCUACCACGUGGACAUUGGCAAGGUUAUGAAGCUGUUUGCUUUCGAUGAGCAGAGUGAACAUGGGGAGAAGCAGCAGCAGGAGGAAGAGGAAGAGAAGGAGACGACGCAAAGCGCAGAAGCAGGGGAGGAAAAAAAACCAAAGGUAGACCUCAACAGCGUCGCGGAGAAGUACGUGCCAGUCAUUUAUGGCAGCCACUUUACACACAACGCCUUUCUGAGCAACUGUGCGUUUUUCUCUUUCGUUUUAAAAAAAAAGAAAAUCAUCAUCCCAGAGGAGAUGGCCCUAAUUUUGGAGCCCAACUUCACUCGCGAGUUCCCCGUUGAGAGCUACUCCUUUUUAAAAAGGAAGUUCCUACAAGAGUUCCAGGAGAAGGUUAAGUCGUGCACGACGAUAAAGGAUCAGCUGAACCACAUCAGCCAGAUGAGGUACAAGCUGUAUGUGCAGCACGUGAGGAACAGCGUCUCUGGGGGGGGCAGGCGGUCCCACCUCUCCUACUAUUUGUUUCAGGCCGAGCUGAACAGCCAGAUGAGGAGGGGGGCUCCGAGCGGGGGGAAGGCGGUCCAGGGGGAGAAGUCUGCCGUCGGUGAGGGGGUCACUGGGGAGGAAGCUCUCACUGGUGAAGAAGCUCCCACUGGAGAAGAAGCCCCAACGGGGGAAGAAGCUCCCACUGGUGAAGCAGCCCCAACGGGGGAAGAAGCUCCCACUGGCGAAGAAGCACCAACUGGUGAAGAAGCCCCCACUGGAGAGGACGCCCCCACUGGAGAGGACGCCCCCACUGGAGAGGACGCCCCCACUGGAGAAGCAGCCCCAAUGGGAGAAGACGCCACCCCUGCUGACAUACCCACCGCUGACGCGGCUACGGCUGACACCCCGACCGCCGACACGGCAACCGCUAACUUGGCGACUGCGGACAAGCUGUGGAAAUGCAUCUUCAGCCCCCUGGACUUCUUCCACGCGAGCGAAAACAUGAGCGCCUACUUCGAGUACUACAUAAAUGUGAAGAGGAAGAAAAAGGGGGGCCGCCGCCACGUUUGUAAUUUGGCUAUCAAGUUUGCCGGCGGUCGGAAGAGCUACGCCAACGACUACCACGGUAAGAAGUACUCGAAGCGGAUGGUGGGAGGGUCUUACAGAAACAGUAGCUACUACUCCUCGGCGUAUGAGAUGAAGAAGAAGCCGCCCCUUCUCCCAACCCCUCUUAAUGAAACGUCAAAUGGGCACUCUGCUAGAGGAUCCAGUGUGCAUGGUGCGAAAGGCGCAGGGGGGGCAAGUGCCGGCAAGGGAACAGGUAGCAUGAGUAGUAAAGGAGGCCACCUCCUAAACAAGGGGUCCCCCAACGGGGUAUACAAGCACGCCGUGCACAGCUCCAGCUACGGGUAUGGUCACCAGGCCUCCUACGGCAGUCACAACUAUGGCGGCAAUAAGUACGGGGGAGGAGGGGGCAGCUACGGAAGCGGAAGCAACUACGGAGGUGGGAGAAGUUACGGGGGGGGAGGCAGUUACGGAGGAGGCGGCAGCUAUGGAGGAGGCGGCAGCUAUGGAGGAGGCGGCAGCUAUGGAGGAGACGGCAGCUAUGGAGGAGACGGCAGCUAUGGAGGAGGCGGUAACUACGGUGGUGGCAACUAUGGAGGAAGCGGUAACUACGGGGGAGGCGGCGGCCACUACAACGCACACAGCUACAGCUCCCAUAACAAGUUUUACCGAAGCGAUAAAAUGGGGAGGAGCGGCACAGCGAACAGCUAUGAAAACAGGAGGGACGACAAGGGGAUGAAAUACAAUAAGAGUGACAAUCAGCGAUCGAACAGGAACUCCAGUGCCGCCUACCACAGUGGUCCCUACGGCAGCGGGGGGGUUGGCGGAGGAGGAGAUGGCGCUGGCAGCGUGUCUAGCUUCCACGAGCCAAGCAGGGCCUACGGUAGCUCCGUGCACCACGGCAGCUAUGGGUACAACCGCUCGGCGAGGGGCGACGUGCGAGAGGAGUUAAGAAGUGAUGCACGAGGUGACCCACGAAACGAUCCGCGAGGUGACCCGCGAGGUGACCCACGAAGUGACCCGCGAGGUGACCUGCGUAACGACCCACGAAGUGACCCGCGAAACGACCCACGAAACGACCCACGAAACGACAGCAAAGGCGCCAAGCGAAGGAGAGACGACUCCUACGAGACGCGAAGAGGCCUCGCAGCGGAGAGCUACUCCCAUAAGCGCUACGAGAAGAGAGGAAGGAACAGCGACUACGAGGCGAAGCACCAGAUGGAUGACCGAAGGAGCGACAACCACCACCGGGGGGCCAAAAUAAACGCGGAGAUGCAGGACCCCUACGCCUCCACGAAGGACUCCACCAACAAGUACUACGACGGCAGCAACUACUCCAUCAACAGCUCCGACAAGAACGCGUGGAUGAUGCCUCCCCCGCCCCCAGGCGUUCCCCCCGCGUACGAGGGCCAGGCCCACCAGAAAAUGAGGAGCUACUACAACGCGGAGGACUCCCAACAGUAAUGGAAAGGCGCAGAGCGUGCGCCUGCACAGUUGCGCGCUGCUGAUGCAUGCUCACAUCUUACUUCUACGUGCCCACUUCUCACCUCUCACCUCUCACCUCUCACCUCUCACCUCUCACCUCUCACCUCUCACCCCCCCACCGCAGCGAAAACGCAUCCAAUGGGCUGAACUACAAUUCGGGAGAGCUCUACAACAAAAAGAGCCUUUACUCACAGAGCAGGAGUUACAGGAAUAACUAGAGGAGGGGGAGAGCUAAUGCCGGGGCGGAAGAAACAGCCAUCGUUUCAUUCGAACAUAUUGCCCACUGUCGAGGUGGGGGAGGAUUACACGUACACCUUCCAGCGCCCCUCCUCUGCUUCUCCCCCCCCAACGUGCGUCGCUUUUACGUUAACAAAAUGUAUGAAUUCUUUUUUCCCUUUGCAUCACCAUUUUGUUUCCAACGCCUGGGCGAGUACAUACCUAUGCAGCUGCCAUGAAAGGAAGCAUUGCGUCCACCCACUUUUUCCUCACGUUGGGGCGGCAGCUGGGGAGUUCACAUUGUGAGCUUGUCUGCUGUGUGUAGUAGCGUUCCUUUGCAUUUCCUUUCUUUUCUUUUUUUACUUUUUUUUUUUUUUUUUUGCCCGUUGUUUCCCGAUCACAAGGUGCCCCACGUGGGCGCUCUUUGAAAGCAGGGAUACGCACGCGUGUGUGCAUAUGCAAAAAUGUGUGCAUGCAAAUGGGCAUAAAAUAUGCGCACAUGUACAUACAAAUGUGCAUGCAAAUAUACACAGAUACUUCUUUACUCACUCGCUUAUUCAUUUAUUUAUU